GACACAAAUUUACCAUGAGUGAACGCGACACUGUGGUUGUUACAGGGUUUGGACCUUUCAGACAGUUCUUGGAGAACCCCAGCUGGAGAGCAGCCCAGGCGCUGAAGUUGGCCGGACUGGGGGACAGGACUGAUGUUUACAUCAAGGAGGUACCAGUGAGUUAUGUCCAAACCCAAAACAUUAUUGAGGAACUCUGGCGAACUGUUAACCCAAAGUUUGCAGUUCACCUGGGCGUAGCCAGAGGUUCCAGCAUUGUCCUUUUGGAGCAAACGGGUAAGAACGUCGGCUACAGCGACAGAGAUGUGUGCGGCUUCUGUCCAGAAAGUCACUGCUGCAUCGAAGGCGGACCAGAGAAACUGGACUCGGUCGUUAACAUGAGAGCUGUCUCCAAGGUCUUCAAACAAGCAGGGAUGGAUGUGAUUUAUUCCAGAGACGCUGGCAGGUACCUGUGUGAUUUUGCAUACUACUUGUCCCUGUAUCACGGUCAGAGGAAGGCAGCCUUCAUCCACGUACCCUCGUCUGGCAGCCUGGCGUCAGCUGACAGACUGGUACCUCUGCUGCAGAGCCUCAUUCAGGUGAUGCUCCAACAGCUGGAGGAUCCCGGAGCAGCAGUGAGGUAGAUCUUCAUCUUUCACGCCACAUGAGCAGCCUUCCACGUCACCGAAUACUGCGAUUGAGAAGUGGCGGCCUUCGGGGGGAAAAUAAACAGAGCGAGCAAUCAUAGUUCUCAUUUAUUUAUUCAAAAUUUCAGAAAAAAAGAAAAUACAAGAAAUUCUCAGAUACACAUUUGGAGACGGCAUGUCAAAAAAUAUACCAUCUCAGCUAUAGGUGUGAAAAAACUUUGAGGCCUCAGAUACAGAGCUUGAAAGAAGACAAGUCUAGUGAAAUUAUGAAUUUUUUUGUGAUUAUUUCUUUCCCCAAUCAAGUAAUGAACACACAGAUUUUGUGAAAGCAUUGUAAUAAAAUAAUAGCAGUAGACCAAGGCCCCCUCAGAAGGUAUAGGAAUGCAAAUCAUAAAAACAGAGGCAUGAUAAUGAUAAACCUCAAACUUAUUAUUGCAGUUUGAAUGCACUGACGCAUUUCCAUAAACCUGACAUUUGUAUGAAGAACAUUCUGAAGAAUUAAAAUGCUGAAGAUGACUAAAACCGACGUUAGUUACUGUAUAUUUAUGCUGGAAGUCUAAGGUCAUGUAGAAAAGCAACUAGCAGUGUGAAGCUGUAAACUAUCAUCUUGUUCUAAUCAUGUCGUUUACUCUUUACCAUGACUACCCGUAAUCUACGCGACAUCCCUGUCCUAUAACGCUGUACGUCCAUGUGUUUCACUGUAAAUGCUGUAGUUUUGUGAUCUAACGGUAACUAGUAGUUCAACAGUUAUUCACCUCACAACAGGUCAAAAUCUACUCCGAAGUGAAAAGCUGAAAUAUAUCAUGAUACAUCCAAACUGGAAAAAAAACAACAACAACAUAAAUGCACAGAUAUGUUAAACUACUCAAGCUGUUUGCUUGUUUGUCAGUGGUGAUUUCUGUACCAAUGUUAUAUUCAGCAGCAAUCGGGACUAUUUUGUAACCGAAAGAUUUCACUCUUAUCUAAAAUUACAGAUACAACGAUUUAGAUUGAGCACCCGAAUUACACAUUCAAAGUUGCCCGGCGGCCUAUUCGUAAUUCCAUUUUUUUUUUAUUGCUUUUAGAUAUUCAUUUCACCACGAAAUUUUCAGAUUUUUUUGUUUUUCAUGCUCCCAGCCCACCAGCUCUUGCACUGAGACGGCGCUCUCCACGUAGCCACGGCGAGUAAAGAGUAGAACUGAGGUUUUAUGAGAAGCUUUGAGAUGUAAAAGCUACUUUUUGUCACCUUGUACGCUCAACAUUUUUUUUUUUGGUGACAAUAUAUAAGAUCCACUGAGGUGACUGAACCAGCAGCAUUAUCAUAAGUAGCAGUACAACAGGCCAGAAAAGGCGCGUAGAGUUUUACUUCUGAAUGAUCAAAACGCCUGAAAAUUAAGAGAUUCACGCUGACGAUAGUGGAGAUGAAGAACAUCAUGGCAUUCAGCAGGUAGACUUGGGACAGGGGGGAAAUGAUGACAUUCACACAACCAGAAAGAGUUUAAAAUUAAAUAAUCAUAGUGACAAGAAUGACGUUUGUUUUGUUUUUUUUUCCUGCUGGGUUGAUUCCAGCAUUAAAAUGAUCCAUAUAUGAGUUUCUACUGAAUUUAGAAACAUGUAGGAAGUGAAAAUGCUGCAUUCUCCAUGGUUGUGUGUAGAAAGUACAGAAUUGUCCGUGUUACAUUCACAGUACUGAUCCACACACAUAACUGGAUGUUGGUUUUUUUUGUUGUUUGUUUUAAAUUAAAUGCCAUCUGUUUGGAAUAAAGUUGUGAAGGUUUGCACUGUAUUUUUGCAGCACCACAGGCUGCGGGUAAAUAAUGUUUUUUUUUUCUUUCUUGGAGGUGAUUAAAACA